AUCUGCAUCAAUGCAUUUGUCCAUUAGUUCAGUUUUCCCUAUCGAAUUCCAAACCCAUCUUUCUUCUUAAACUCUUUAAUAAUUUAGCACUUUCCUUCCUUUUAACUUCCCUAUCUAAAGUCUAAAACCAUCUUUAGUUUGCAUCUGGGUUCUUGAUCUUGUGUCGGAAAAAGAUAUAAGGGUAUGGCAGAUUGGGGGCCAGUGAUCAUAGCAGUGAUUCUGUUUGUGCUGCUAACGCCAGGGCUGUUGUUUCAGAUACCGGGUAGAAAUAGAGUUGUUGAGUUUGGGAACAUGCACACAAGUGGUGCUUCUAUUGUUGUUCAUGCCAUCAUAUAUUUUGGCCUCAUCACUAUCCUCCUUAUCGCCAUUGGUAUACACAUUUAUGCUGGCUAGUAGUCUUUUGCUUCUUCUUUUAUGUCAUGUAAUACUAUUCUUACUUUCUAUUUCUUUUUGGCUUUAUAGCUGUUAAUCUAUUUUUAAUUUUUGCAGUUGUUGAUAUGCAUUUUAUGAUCUUUGUAUCAAGUAUGUGUCCAUUAAUUUUGGGAAAAAUGUAAGGUGUAGAUCUGUUUUGGACUCUUUUCCCUUUUUUUUUUUUUUUUUUUUCUUAAUUGAGGUUUUCUCUUCUCUUUUUUUUCUCCUUAUGGGGUUGGCAUGGGGCUAUGGGAGGGAUUGGCCCCGGUUGAUGGGGUUGGAACAUGGGGUGCUUUUUCUUUAUUCAUUGGAGCUGAGUGGGCAGUGAACUGCCAAUAGUUAUAUCUACCGCUGAUCAACAAUAUUGAUCCUUUCAAAUCCUGAAGAAUGAAAAUACUAGCUUAAAUUUAUAAAUAAAAAUACCAACCUGAUCAGAGAUUGGCGAAUCCUAUGAUUGGGUUGCUUCUUGUGAUUUGAAGGGUGAAGAAGAUGAGAGCAUGCGACCUUGAUUGAUGGCAGUAUGUUUACGAGUCGAAAUGGAUACAGAAUGAACUGCAUUUUUUUCACUUCCACGAUCUAGCAAUUUGUUCCAAUGCCUUUCUAAACGUCUUGUAUCAAAUCCUGACGAUAUAUCUAUUGGUUACAUUACCUA